UAAAAUUACGAGAAUAAAGUCGUAAAAUUACGAGAAUAAAGUCGUAACAUUACGAGAAUAAAGUCGUAUGUUGCGAGAAUAAAGUCGUAAUAUUAUGAGAAUAUAAUUUAUGAGAACUCUAACAGGAAGAGCUUCUUCUCCCUGUGUUAAAAUGAGGAAUAUUGAGCAUCUUGUGAAGUUAUAUUUAUAUAUUUAUAAUAUAUUAUGACUUUAUUCUCGUAAUAUUAUGACUUUAUUCUCGUAAUUUUACGACUUUAUUCUCAUUACAUUAUGACUUUAUUCUCGUAAUUUCCUUUUUUGUUUUUUUGUUUGGCCCUAAUACUCCGUCGUACAAAUGACAUACCCAUGUGGGUUGUAAAUGAUUGAAAGGAAUGACCUUAUAGGUAUAAGCCUCCAGGUAUCACAAUAUAAUGAAAACAUUUUAAGGGUAAUUGAAUGUCAACAAAAAACUAAAAGCAAUAGUUCCUUUGUCAAGAUCUUAAUGUAUUUGGAGCCCAUCAUUUUUGGCUUAAAAAUGUUAAAUGAUCCCAUUAAGCCACCAUGUCAUGUUCAUGAUAAUGAUGCUGUGUUAAUGAUAGGGGUCUAUUAGUAAUGCACGAUGGGGUCAUUGUAUAUGAGAUUGACAACACUAAUUAUAAAAAAGGAAUAAAGAAGAAAAACACUCAACUCAAUGCGUGGUAAACAAAGACCCCAUUAAACUUUGACCAUACACAUUAUUAUGAUCAGAUUGUUGUUGGUUUUCUUUGUUCACAAAAAGUCUUAUUAUUACCAAAACUGUAAAAGGGAUAACUUUUUUUUCCUACAGACGUCUUGUAUCCAUGCGCCCUCACACCUGUCUAUAAAUACAUUUGCUCAUGGGCGGAAGAUGUGAUUGGCUCUGUGUCGCCCUGUGUCGGUGGAUCUCAUUGGUGCAAUGUUGUGUCAGUUUGAGGACACAGGAGCGCUUGUUGAGAGUGUCACUACAUUCCAAAGGGACGGGGUUAGAAAGUUUGGAUGUGACCCUCCCACUCGAGAUGUUUUAGCCAUACUUUAUAAUCGGACAUGUGCACAUGUCGGGUGCGUCCCUGCGGGAUUCACUAGUUUAGAAGCGACUCAAGUCACGCUCAACACGGAGAUGGGGGUGAAGAGGGUUGUGAGGAAGCUGCUGCAGGCUGUGUGGCUGUGGAGUCUGUUGGCCGCUUGGGUUCACUGCUGUCCGGAUGCCUGUAGCAAGUGUUCAGGGUCAGAAAAUGAUGUGUGUGAAGAAUGCAGAACUGGAUGGAAACUUCAUUAUAACACGUGUGUAGAUGUUGAUGAGUGUGGCACUGAGCUGGAAAGCUGCCUUCCAGGCAGUUACUGCUUUAAUACAGCAGGAUCAUUUGAAUGCAGAGGCUGUGAUGUGGCCUGUGUGGGCUGCAUGGGUAGUGGACCAGCUCGCUGUAGGAAAUGUGCUCCUGGGUACAGACUGACUGGGUCCAAAUGUUCAGACGUAGAUGAAUGUAGUGACCGGGUUCUUGCGUGUCAUGGCCUGGAUGAGAUUUGUAUCAACACGGAGGGUUCUUUCCACUGUGACUGUGGGGAAGGCUUCCUCCGCAAGGACGCUGUGUGUGUGAAGAAACCGCUGCCCAGUCUUCACGAGAAGGGUUUGUUUGAGGACAUCAAAGACGAAGAAGUGGAGGUGCUGCAGCAGAUGUUUUUUGGGGUGGUGCUUUGUGCUCUGGCCACACUUGCAGCCAGAGGAGAUUUGGUGUACACAUCUGUAUUCAUGGGAGCAGCGGCAGCCAUGGCAGGUUACUGGCUCUCUGACCGAGGGGACCGUGUAAUGAGCCGCUUCCUGAAGGGGCGUUAAAAUGCCAAACUGCUUUAAAACAAACAAAAACAGGUGGAUGCAUGAACACAUAUACCACCACUGCUUGGCAAGGAUCUUUAACAUGCUAAAUGUAAGCAUUUUAUUUUGUAAGUUAAGAUAUAAAGCUGAAUAAGGAUUCCAGAUGUACAACAUAUGGAAUGAAGUUAAGUAAUACUGAUGAGCAGUGAUUCAAGCCUUUCAGUUACCAUGAGCUGGGUGACAGCUAAACCACCAGGUGAAUCUUGUGUAUUUGUGUUUAGUGUGCACAAUACACAUUAUUUUAUAUUAUUUUUGCUUGCUGUAGUCGCUAAUGUUCAUUAUUCUACUGUUUAUGGUCAAUGGCAAUAAGAAAUGGCCGUAAAAGGAUCCUUUUCACUUUGCCAGGUUACAGGAAGCUGCCACUUACAUAAUGAUCCAUGUUACACUGAUGUGUCAGUGCCUUAAAGGGCACAUAUUAUGGCAUUUAAUGUAUAUUUUAAAAAGGCCUUGAAUGUCUUAAAAACAAUCUAAAGCUUG